AUGGCCUCCGCUCACAGCCCCGCUGGAGCUCUCCUGCUGCUCACCUGCGCCAGCCUGAUCGCCGCCAUGGGCCUCCCGGGACCCGCCGCGCCCGGGGGGAACCAGGCGCAUCCGCGGCUGCCCGGGAACGAGCUGCCCACCUCGCCUGCCGACAGCCCACCGGAGCCGACCAUGCCGCAUGCACACAGUGUGGAUCCCCGGGAUGCCUGGAUGCUCUUCGUUAGGCAGAGUGACAAGGGCGUCAACAGUAAGAGGAGGAGCAGGACCAAGGCCAGGCGGCUGAAGCUUGGCCUGCCAGGACCCCCAGGGCCACCAGGUCCUCAGGGCCCCCCAGGCCCCCUUAUCCCAUCUGAAGUUCUACUGAAGGAGCUCCAGCUAUUGCUGAAAGGCGCAGUGCUGCAGCGGGAGAGCACAGAGCCCAAGCACUGCACCAGCGAUUUCACCACACCAGCCUCGGGCAGCCCCUCCCGGGCCCCGCCCACCCAGGAGCAUGACCACGACCAGGACCCAGGUGCCCUGUUGGCGGUGCUGGCUGCGGCCCUGACCCAGGGCCCACGGGCGCCACGCGUAGAGGCCGCAUUCCACUGUCGCCUGCGCCGGGAUGCACAAGUGGAGCGGCGCGCGCUUCAUGAGCUCGGAGUCUACUACCUGCCCAACAUCGAGGGAGCCUUCAGCAGAGGCCCAGGCUUGAACCUGACCAGUGGCCAGUACACCGCACCAGUGUCUGGCUUCUAUGCUCUCGCCGCCACUCUGCACGUGGCGCUCACAGAGCAGCCCCGAAGAGGACCACCAAGACCUCGGGACCGUCUACGCUUGCUGAUCUGCAUCCAGUCUCUUUGUCAGCACAAUGCCUCCCUGGAGACUGUCAUGGGGAUGGAGCACAGCAGCGAGCUCUUCACCAUCUCAGUAAAUGGUGUCCUCUAUCUGCAGACAGGACACUACACUUCCGUAUUCUUGGACAACGCCAGCGGCUCCUCUCUCAUGGUACGCAGCGGCUCCCACUUCAGUGCCAUCCUCCUGGGCCUGUGAGGGCUGCUGUGGGCUCUUAUCCUCA